AACCUCACACAUUCAUUCCACCACUUAAAUUAAAACCAUGGCCCUAAUAUCACCAAGAACAUUGAGACAUGAUCUCUACUCAUACUCCUACCAAGAACACUCAAAAACCCCAUCAGUCAUCUCCGUCCUCGCCUCGUUAAUCGAGAGAACCCUAGCCAGGAACGCCAGAGUCAAAACCAAAACCAAAACCAAAACCAGUGUUUUCGAUUGCAUUGAAACGCCAGACAUGACCGUGCAAUCCUAUCUCGAGAGAAUAUUCCGUUACACCAAGGCGGGCCCCUCCGUUUACGUGGUGGCCUACAUCUACAUCGACCGAUUGUGCCACCUCCACCCGGACUUCCGCCUCGGCCCUGCCAAUGUGCACCGCCUCCUCAUCACCACCAUCAUGCUCGCAUCCAAAUAUGUCGAGGAUAAGAAUUAUAGAAAUUCAUACUUUGCUAGGGUUGGUGGGUUAACAACGGAGCAAAUGAAUAAAUUGGAGGUUGAAUUUCUGUUUAUGAUGAAGUUCAAAAUGCACGUGAAUGUGAGUGUUUAUGAGAGCUAUUGCAGCCAUCUAGAGAGAGAAGUGAGCAGCGGAGGAGGCUAUCAGAUUGAGAGAACUUUGAGGUGUGCGAUUGAGAUUAAAUCUAAGCAGAGAUUUAACAGUAAAAAUAAUGAUAAUGAUCAUCGUCUUUUCCUCUGAUUUUCAUUUUUUUUCUCGAUGCCAAAAUGUAUAGAAAUUUAUAUAUAUAAUGGAAAAUCAUUUUUUUUUC